AUGUCCGAAAUACCGCCUGGUGAUUAUGCCCUCGAGCUUGGAGCAACAUUCAGUUCUUCGAGUCCAGCUACCUACCAUACCCUACGCUACGAUUUCAAGCCACAAAGUGUAACUGCUGAUUCUGAGUCAUACAUUGCUGUACAAGAGGAAGGUGAUGUACAGGUGGUUGUUCCAAGUGGAAGUGAUGAUCUUACCGUCUACAAAGGGGCCCAAAAACCGGUCAAAGAAAAUAAGGAAUGCCUAUUAUUUUAUGACCCAGCCACGGGAACCUUGAGGCUCGAAAAACUGGAAAGCAAUAUUAGCGUGAAAAAGACAAGGGAUAUUGAAUCGGUUGAGGCUUUGAAGAAUGAAGUAGACAGGGUACGGAACAAGGCUUCAGACGACUUUCCGGAAGAAGCUUUCUAUGCAAAGACUACGAUGACAUCCCAGGCCCUACCCCCUCCAACCCGUGAAUCACCAAAAAAUCCGGAAGAAAUGAGUGAAGCUAGUUCUGAUGAUGAUAGCUCCUCUUCCUCCUCACAAUCUGGUGAUAGCAGUCGAAGUAAUAGCCGAUCAAAUUCGCCAGUUCAUGAUGAUUCGGAAGAUGAAUUAUCAAGAGCAUUAGAAGAUCAGAUGGUGGCUCAAGAUUCUCAACCCCCACCGCCUGUGCGCCCGGCCCUACCAUCAGUUUUUGAUCAGUUAGAUGAGCCCAUGCUUCCAUCAAAACCAGCCCCAGUUCAUAAAAGCAAGACAAAGGAUGUUAUUGAUGAUCUACAGCUCAGUGAAAGUUCUGAUGAAGGAGAU